GCGUCUGAGGCCGGAAGCAGGACGAGAUCGGCAUCGUUGGUCGUCGUGGGUGCGGCGUUGGGUCGUGGCUUGAGGCGCUGGCACCCAAACGAAGCCGUUCUCGUGACGCUGCUGCACCACGUUGUCGAAGCUGCGCUCGGGGUCCUUCUCGGCUAA